AGCCGUUUCAGUCGCCAGGCUGGAGACAUGAACAUCGAACUCACCAGGUAUCCCCUGGCAAUAUUUCUAUAGUGACGAGGACGCUUAUAUAUUGCGUCGAAGAUGGUUUUUCUUUUUUUGGGGUGAUUUGUUCGAGAACUAGCGAUUCGCUUUUGUUAGAUUCGAAAGUGAUUUUUUCGAGCAUGAAUUGGGUUCAAUGAAGAUGAUGAUUUUAGAAUUUCCAAAAUUCGGUUAAAUUCAUUUUCAUAGACGCACAGUCAGCAUACUUACGUAUAAAACAUAAGAUAAAAUGGCGUCGUCAUAUUUUGAUUGGAUGCGCGAGGGCGAUCCCCCGCCCGGCUCCGCGUCUGCGAGUCUGAUGAGCUUUGAGGAUGAGGAAACAGGCUUGAUGGCGUCCAUUAGCGGCAGGCUAUCCGGGUCCCUCGAAGGUGCGUCACAGUUUUACGACGACUUCACGAUUCCAACCAGUACGUGGAUUCAAUUUGCGGUACUGCUGGGUUUGGGGCUCUUUUUCCUGUUUUUGAGCAGUCUGGCGUUGCCAUUUAUUGUCGUCGCGCCACAAAAGUUCGCGUCCCUGUUCACGCUGGGAAGCCUCUUCUGUAUGGGAGCCUUUGUUAGCUUGCGUGGAUGGUCGAGGUUCCGCAAGCAUGCGCUUGGAACCGCACGAAAAACAACCUUCUGCUACGUUCUCAGUCUCGUCAUCACGCUCUACUUCACGAUGUGGAGCCCUAGCUACUUUUUCGCACUCGGAGCGGUGAUUCUGCAGCUCAUAUCGCUUCUUUACUUAGGGCUCACUAGUGCAAUCACUUGGCUGUGCAACCAUCUCUCGAUAUUUGGAAUGACCUUCAUCCCAUAGAACCUGUGUUGCCUAAAAACACUUGAUGACACGCUUAAAUCAGAGCCGGUAGCUUCAACAUGUUUCUAGUUUCCCUUGAUGAAGUCAAAAGAAUAUCAAUAUGCCUAUUCUCUAUUUCUAAUCAGUUUUCUUUUUUCCUACAUACCUGGUGGGCAGCGAAUCCUCGAUUCCGUCUUCGGAUAUUGCGGUGCGUGCUGCUGUCCAAGUCUUUGCGGUCCACGAACACGACCAAAACCGAGAGGAGCACUUGGAAAUCCCUUCUACUAGUAGUUUAAUCUUCGAAGAAGUUUCGGGAUGACGACGAUGAAUGAAAGACGAACUUCCACUUCGCAUCAGGUCUAUAGUCAUCAUGUUGAAGUUCGCAUUUGCAAUGCCGGCCGGAGGUCGCGCGACAAUUUCGCACUGAGUCAUUGCCAUAGUAUGAGCGCGCGCGCGGAGAACGCGACGUACUGAGGCUGACCCUCCGUACUAUCCGGUAGAGUAGAGAAGGUGCGUCAUGGCUCCAGCAGCGAAAUGAUCAUGAUGAGAACAAACGUACCAAAAUUUUCCUCGAGUCCUCAUUCAUAUUUUCGUGCGGUAUCCCCGUCUCGACGUAGAGUAAAGAAUAGAUUCCAAGAUGAUAUGAAAUCAUAUUCAUAAGAGAAUGCAAGCAU